GAGAGAGUCCGAGACGCAAUGUUACCAACCUAAUUUUGACGCACUGGGUCAUCUGCUAAAACGGUGAGGCUUCCCAACGGAUUCGCGGGGAGCGGAGAAAGGGAGGGAGUACGGUGGUAGGUAGGCAUCGAGCGCACCUGGUACAUGGGCUUGGGAAAGCCAUAGAAGUCGUAGAUGGUGUCGUUGCUGCCGCGGAUGACGUUGACCGCCGGCGUGGCCGUCUCCCAGUGUCCCGAGACGACGAGGAUGGCGCGCGGGGGCUGGUCGCCCGCGACCUUCGCCGGCACCCAUGACUUGAAGAAGUGCCGCGCCGGGAUACUGUCGUCGAUGGAGAGCGUGGGCGAGCCGUGCGAUAGGAAGAAGGUGUCCAUGGUGGCCGGGACUCUCGGCGGUCGCCUCUGCUGCCCCUCCUCGGCUGUUGCUUCUGGCCCUGGCCUCGCGAUGUCGCCGCGCCGCCGCUGCUGCUCGCCCUCCCGCGUCGCGUGCCGCGUCUCUGGUUUGGCUCUGCCCGCUCUCCCCUGGCUCUGCCCCAUUAUGUCGUCGCGCUCGCUGCGCUGGAUCUUCUUUUUGCGCGCGUGCGUCGCGCUCGCGUUUGGUUUGUGGUGGUGGCCCGUGGAGGAGAGCACGUGCAGCGCGAGAGUGCGAGAGGGAUGAUUCAGAGAGACGAUUGAGGGGCGGUUCGGUUGGUCGCAAGGGGACGGGUCCAAUCCAAAGUCGAAACGCAGCAAGCAAUACGAAUCUUCCGGCGACGGUACGGUUUGCCGGCCCGCGGCGUGCGUGGUCACUAUCGUGUAAGCAAUGACGCACGACGGCGUAUUUCUAUGGAAUCGUUAACAGGAGAGAACAGGUUUCGUGGACCGGGCCGGUCUUCCACUAUGGGCUUGUUAGGACAUACAAAGGCACAGCCGAAAUUUGCUGUUGGUCUCGAGCAAGGCCACGGCCCACAGGUCUGCUUGGGUUUGGGUCUAGGAAAGGAAAAGAACUACUCUCACUAAAAUGAGAGAAAGGUGCGCCUAAAAAACCAAAAAGAGAGAAAGAUGAAAAAGAAGACUUCAAACGCACUGACAUAUAAGCAACCGCAUCAGUGCGUAUUUACGGAGCAAAUCCGAUCUCCCCGUCGACCUGGUACACAGCCGCAGUUGGUAUCAGGACGUCGCACGGCAGGUCACGAGUCUUCAGAGUUCAGAGAGAGAAAGAACGGUGUCUUCCACCAAAAGUCUACCAUCUAGAUGAUCAGGUUUACUCCGACGGCGACCGAAUGUCCAGUGUCUCGAUCCGUCAUUUUUUUUCGUCAAGAUCAGCUGUUUGAGAAUCUAUCGCUAGUCCAUUCUGGCUGCCAGGCUGCAGUGCAUAAAAGCUCCAAACUCCACGAUAAGCCACAAGUGAGGAGGCAUAAUAAUCCAGUAGCGAUCUUUCGGUUUUACCAUGGCAGCUACGACGAGCGCUGCCAGUGCCAGGGGCUUGCUGCUCUGCGUGUUGGUGGCCUUUCUCCACCGCCUCCAGUUUCAGAUCCCGCCUGUAGCAGUAGCAGCUGCGACGCCGAAGAACAAAACCGAGAGCCGAGACGGGCACGGGAAGACGCUCAGCUUCACGCUGUACCAGCACGAGACCAUCAACAGGACCGGCUACAUCGUGGUGGACGGCGUCGCGGGCGCGGGCGUCAGCCAGACCACCACGCCCUUCGGCACCAUCUACGUCUUCCGCGACGACCUGACGGUGCGCGCGGACAGGGACUCCCGGGUGGCGGGCGUCGCGGAGGGGACCUCCAUCACCACCAGCCUCGACGGGCUGCAGAGCAUGUCGCUGGCCAAGAUCACGGUCCACCACCGCGGCCACCGGGGCUCCGUCUCGGUCCUUGGGGGCACCUACAACACCAAGCCGUCCGACUACCCGGUGGUGGGUGGCACCGGCGACUUCGCGUACGCGCUGGGAUACGUCCGGUCCUCGCCGGUGGACUUGCGAGGACGAACGGUGACGUACAAGAUGGAGCUUCACUUGUACUGGCCUCCAUACGCCCACUACGCUCCCGUUCCACGUAAAGCGUGAAUACUAGUAUAGCUACCACUGCAACGUCCUACAAGUGUGCUCAUUUUAUUAUUAUUUUGUCGUACACGGCGUGAAUCUUUUAUCUAAUUUUAGAGCGCACAAUAAAGUUGAAAAUAGUUUGGUAACAUUUUCUUAUAUAUAAAACCAUAUUUUCCA